GCGGGGGCGCGGGCUCCUGCGGGCAGGCGGCUCGGGCCGCACGUGCGCAGCGGGCCAUGGCGGCGCCGACUCCCGCGCCCGAGCGCGGCCAGGUCUGCGGGCAGGUACAGAUUGACCUCUUACUGGCUGGCGAUGUUACCAUGCAGUACCUGGCUGAUGUUGUCCAGGAAGCUUUCUUGGGUGUAGCUAAAGUCUCCAUCACCAUCAGUGAGGUGAAAAAGGUAGCAGCACUCUGGGAUAAUGGAACUUUCAACAUAGUUUUCCUUAAGAUGACAUCUUUACCAGUGACUGAGGAGCUGGAAGCUGUUGACUUAAUUCGGUUUGGCAAGAUGAAAAAUACACAGUUGCUAUUUGUUUCUAUAGUCCCUGAAAAUUUUAAAGGUUGUGUUACAGGGUAUGGAGCUGAUAUUACUUUAACUGAACCACUGACCAUGGAAAAAAUAAAUAUUGUGGUAAAAUACUGGAUAACAUAUUUCUCAAAUACUGUUAAGAAUGAAAAUUCUCUAAACUUUGAAGAACUUGGUUUGCCCUUGCAGAAGUCGUGCAGUGACCACCUGGGACGUUUUUCUACUGGUCUAUUUACUUGUUCUGAAUCUCCAAAAACUGGCAUUGGAUUGGAAUUACAGGCUCCACUAUCAGAUUUUGAGAAAAGCAAAAAGAUUUCUCUUCUUCAUUCAAGCAAGGAAAAGCAGAGAAGAGAACGUAUCAAGUAUUGCUAUGAACAGCUGCGUGCUCUGUUGCCGUAUAUAAAAGGGAGAAAAAAUGAUGUUGCGUCAGUCCUGGAGGCAACAGUUGAGUAUGUAAAGUAUAUUCGGGAGAAAACCCCUCCAGCCCUCAUGGAGCAGAUUACAGAAGCCCUUCAGAGCAAUCUAAGGUUUUGUAAGAAACAGCAAGCUCCCGUGCAGCACUCCCUUGCCAGCAGGAUUGUGGCACAAAGAGAAGACCGUGUGUUGACAAGCACUCCAUCACCUGUGAGAGGGGUCAGAUUACUGGCUGAGAAUUGCUCGAACAUAUUUUCUGUUCCUGCCUCAGGGGACCCCUUGGAGGAAGAUGUGAGAGCUCAGUCCAGCUCCACUGCAGAGACUUCUGUUGGAGAUAUGUAUAAAACUCUCAUACCCAGCCCAGCUCUGUCUCUUAGUUCCUUCCAUUCUGUCAGUUACUAUCCUAAAGGCAUUCCUUCUUACGAUUCAGCUGCAGUGACAAAUCAGAGCAUGUCUAUUCAUUUUCCAUCAGCCAUGCCCAAAGUCUCCAAGUUCCUUCCUCAGCACUGCAAUUCUGUGUUGGGCCAGACAUGCGCAACACAUCCCAACUGUCUGCCACAGUUUUGGGCAUAUUAAUAGCAUAUGUUUGAAACUCACACUCUAGACCACCUAUAGGGAACGGUUUGAAAUUACGAGAAGAAUGGAACAAAGAAUGAUUUUGAAAACUGCAUCCAGAGAUACAGUAUUGUAAGAGUUUGCAAUAUAUGGUUUCUAUAAAUGGGUUGAAAGCUUCUGCCAGGUAGAAAGAUAAAGAGUGGGAAUACUAGCCACACAGCUUUCACUUGUUUUCAUACAUUCUUGGGUCUGCCCCCACCACAGAGAAAUAAGAACUGAUGGCUAGAUGACAUAGAUUCUUUGCUCAAAAGUUAUCCCUGCUUAUGAAAAUGUUUGCUAUAAGGAAGAUCACUAUACAUGUGACAAAGUGAUGAGAUUGGGGAGGAACACUGUUACUCUGGCGUCAUUCAAUGAAGAUACUGCAUUUUAAUUCUGAGUUUUAGUAUAAUUGUGAAUUGCUGUCACUUAUUUUUAGGUGGCAUUUUUUUUUCUAGCUUCAACAUUUUACGGAACUUCAUUGUUAUUUAGUGUAAUACUAAGAUAACUUAGUUUGUGAUGAUCACUUGAUGACAAAUUAAUAAAAUGAUGUGUUUGUUUUUGCAUUUCACAAUGCCUUGAGUGAAAGGAUAACUAAGAGGUCAUUUUUUCCUGAACAUUUACUUAUACACUAGCAAUUUUUUUUUAUCUCCUCCACCCUAUGGGUAUUAUAAACAACUGUUGAAAAUAAAGGUAGAAAAAUAUUUUGUUUCAUAUUUCAUUGAAAUGUUCACAUGCACAAAGUUUUAUUGUUAAUAUAUUUAAUUUUGACUGAAAAUGCUAACUAUAUCUUAUUUAUAUGUGUUCUCUAUUUUAAUAGUAUUUUUUAAGAGAAUUUACAUUUACUAGAUUUUUGAGAAGUUUAAAGUUACUUCAGACAUAGCCUAAUUUUCAUGUUAAAUUAUGUAAAUUUUCUUGAGGAUACUAUGCAAAUGGAGCCUGUAGGUUUUUGACAAACUUUUUUAUAAAGAAACAAGGAGUUUCCAACACAGAACUAAGAUUCUAUGCUUAUUAUUGCAAAUGAGUGCUUACCUCUCCACACUCAUGCCAUUAGAAAUAAUUGACUUGGCAUUGUAAGAGAAACCUUUGAGGUAUUUUGGAUACUGAUAUGACCCCUCUGUAGUAAAAUCUUAAUUGGGGGUUCCUUGAUCACACAUGGACCUUGAUAGCCUGUCACUGGAAAUGAAACAGAAGUAAUAAGAACACAAGCCGUCUAUCUUGUUUUCUUGAUGCCUCAGUUCCCCUUUUCAACAUGCAGAUUGGGAUAUUGUGGAGGUAAUGAGCUCGGGGUCAGAUAAUCAAAACCUCAGGUUGGACCCUUUUUACAUACGGGCAUAUGUGAUUAUCUUACUCUGCGAAGGACCAAUGCAGCCUGAUUGUUCAUCCUGUAUUCAUUUACAUCAGUGAUCGAAUCUGUACCAUCUAGAGUGUAACCUCAACCUGGAGAUUGAGGGUGACAGAACCAUUGCCAAAGGUGCAUUCCAUGAUCUUGAGCUUGAUGCACCCAACUUCAAGUUUUUGUACUAGAACUCCAUUUUUAAUACCUGAAAAAUUAAAUUUCAAGUUAGUAUGUCUCAGUCUGAAGAAAGUGGGCAGAUUUUUCCUUUGAAAAAUGAGAUUGUUCAUGAGAUACCCCAGCGUUAUUUUCACAGUGUGAAAGAUCUAGAGAGUUUGUCUAGAAAAUUUAGUGUACUUUAAUGGCAUAGAAGACUCUGCCUCUGUUCAAAUAAGGGGUAAGAACAGUAACAAACACUUAAGGAGUUUUUGAUUUUUUGUUGUUGUUAGAUAUUUCCUUAAGGAGUGGUACUCACCCUAAUUGACUAAUGUCUGCCACCUUGCUCAUUGGGUGGAUGGAUGGAUGACAGAUACUUGGUGAGAACCUGGGUGAAUAUGGAGCCAAGAGCAGGGCAAGGAUCUGAACUGAAAAAGGAAGUAACAUAGUUAUACUUUGGGUCCCAUUUGAAGACAGGAGAAAGGGAAGAUUGAAAGUUGAUAUUUGUCAAUAAUUGUAGUUUUAUCCUUUGAUUAUUAACCUGUUAUACCCAAUUCCUGCUCCUCUCUGUUUAUUUUCAAAAACACAAGUUAGAUGAUCUACCAUGGAGAAAUUACAAUAAUUGUUGGCACUUAUAAAUAAACUGAUGUAUUGAACAAUUCAGAAAUCAGGCAUCUAUUUGUUCAAUAACUAAAAAGAAUUGUCUUAAAUAUUGGGAGAUACAAAUAUAUGUAAGGCAUAUUUUUUUUAACCUUGUAUGUCAAGAAACUUAGAGUCUCUUGGAAGAGAAAGGUAAACAAGAUUUCAGUAGCUACUCUAAGUGCUAUGAAAGUGAAACAUAUGAAAUAGUACAUAGAAUAUUAAAAGAUAACUCAUCUCAUUCUUAGACUAAUGGGAGACUUUCGUAUCCAAGUUCUCAUCCCUAAAAUUUGGAAUAACAGUACUUGCCUUUGAGGUUCGUUGUGAAGAUAAAACGGGGCUCCUGGUGUGAACACCCUUAGAACAGUGCCUGACAAAGAGUAAACAUUUAAUUUGUAUCAAUUAUGGUGGAUGUGUUGCAGUGCCUGAUUGAAUCCUACUUGAAAACAUCCCGCGCUCAUAAAUGGGUGCGAGUUUGCAACAGGCCCUGGAAGAACAGAUGGAAGUAAAUGAACACUAUGCACCACUGACUACCAAAUCUGCAGUGUCUGUACAGCAACUGGAGUUUAUAAAAUAUACAUGCUUAAUAAAGGUUACCAGAAAGAUUGGUAAAAUCUAUUCAUUUUAGGAAUCCACGUUCAGAGAUUCUGAUCCAUAGUUCGAGUGAGGCCCAGAACUCUGCAUGAUUCUGAUGUGCAGUCAAAUUUGAGAACCACAUUUAUACUUUUUUACAUGCUUAUUCAUGCUAAGGGUUGAUGUGGAUAAGUGAAGCACAGUCUCCCCCUAAGUCCAGACAGGUUUACACAGAAGGAACAAGGACCAACUGAGAAAGGUUUUGCUGAGGAGGCAGUUCGAGAACUGCGCUGUAAUUCAGACAUUUCUGUAGGAAACAACUGUGCUCAGAGGAUUAUUAUGAGGAACCAGUCUAGGGACCAGUGAGUAGGUGAGGACCAGGGAAGUGAGGUAGGUUUUGUGUAGUUCAUGUAUAUGGAAAAGGAAACUGCUGCUAUGAAAGGCAAUGUUUUUCCUUUUUGUUAAGUCAUUCAUGUUUCAUAAAAUUGAAGGUAUUGUUGAGAGCAGAAUGCCACUUUCACAAAAUAAAUGAAUAAUGGAAGUAUGUCAUUUCCCUAAAUACUUGGCAUUGAUGUAUCAUAGAAAAGUCUUGAGACCAGAAUUUAAGCCUCCUGGCAAUUUUUAUCCAGCUAUCAGGCAGACUAUUGGUUUCCCCUCUCCUUCUGCCUGUCUCCUUGUUUCAUGGAAUGAGGAAGCAGGAAACCCAGAAUUACCUUGGUUAAUUGGAUAUCAAGAGCUGGUUUCAUCACCAUGGAAACACAACACUCCUAUGGAAGACAGAGAAACCCUUUAUCUGUAUUUUCAAGGUUAUUUUUAUAUCCUGGAAUGAUCGUUGUGAAAACAAAAAGCCAGGAAGAUGCAUGCACACACAAAUAGGUUUUGUUACAUACAUUGUUGAAUCUCACUGGUCUUUAGUAAACAUUUUCAUUUUGCUUAAAUAGCAAAGAUUUCUAGAAAUUAGA